AGGCGCCCCCCGCCCGACCCGCCCCCUCCCCCUCUGGUGACAGAAAGUCGGCCCAGCAGAUGAGGAAGUGGCCGGCAGGCGGCCCUGGGGACUUCUCUCUGGCCCUGAUCCCUCCGAACCCUCCACUGCUACCCGCCUGGUUCCCACUGUCCUUAGCCAGGAUGGAGGCUGUUACGAACUUGUAUCAGGAAUUGAUGAAGCAUGCAGAUCCCCGGAUCCAGAACUACCCUCUGAUGGGGUCACCCUUGUUAAUUACAUCCAUCCUUCUGACCUAUGUGUACUUUGUCCUCUCACUUGGGCCUCGAAUCAUGGCUAAUCGGAAGCCCUUCCAACUUCGUGGCUUCAUGAUUGUCUACAAUUUCUCACUGGUGACACUCUCCCUCUACAUUGUCUAUGAGUUCUUAAUGUCUGGUUGGCUGAGUACCUACACCUGGCGCUGUGACCCUGUGGAUUAUUCCAAUAGUCCUGAGGCACUUCGGAUGGUUCGAGUGGCCUGGCUCUUCAUGCUUUCCAAGGUCAUUGAGCUGAUGGACACUGUGAUAUUUAUUCUCCGGAAGAAAGACGGGCAGGUGACCUUCCUACAUGUCUUCCAUCACUCAGUGCUUCCCUGGAGCUGGUGGUGGGGGAUAAAGAUUGCUCCAGGAGGAAUGGGCUCUUUCCAUGCCAUGAUAAAUUCCUCUGUACAUGUUGUCAUGUACCUGUACUAUGGAUUGUCUGCCCUUGGUCCUGUGGCUCAGCCUUACCUUUGGUGGAAAAAACAUAUGACAGCCAUCCAGCUGAUCCAGUUUGUCCUGGUCUCACUGCACAUCAGCCAAUACUACUUCAUGCCCAGCUGCAACUACCAGUAUCCCGUCAUUAUCCACCUCAUCUGGAUGUAUGGCACCAUCUUCUUUGUGCUCUUCUCCAAUUUCUGGUAUCACUCUUACACUAAGGGAAAGCGGCUGCCCCGUGCUGUUCAGCAAAAUGGAACUCCAGCUAUCACCAAGGUCAAGGCCAACUGAGAAGCAUGGCCUAGAUAUUGCCCACCUAAGUGCCUCAGGACUGCACCUUGGGCAGCAUCCACCAGUGUCCUCUCCACCUACACCUAUGACCAGGGCUCAGGUGGUCAGGACUGAGUAGGAGGACUGGCUCUCCCCUCCCACAGCUGGUCUACAGGGACCACUGUUCCCAUCCCUUCUCCCAGCCAGCUCCAGGGAUGUGGCCUCACUGCUGUCUGCCACCAGAACUGGAGGCUGAAAGGGCUGGACACUUACUUCCCCCUCCCUGCCUUAAACUUGGGAGAGGAACACUCAGGGCUGGCCCCAAUCAGGGUCUUGUGGCCUUUCUCCUCACACUGAAGAGGUCAGCAAUAAUCUGUCACAAUGGACUCAGGCUCCCUUUUUCACUCCACACUGAAGCAUGAGCUUCUGGGCCAAAGGUCAGGAUGGGCAGCAGGCCUGACAAUACAGGCUGUGUACUCAUUUGUCUUAAUUAAAGUGACAGAGGAAACCACUGA